AUGAAGCGCAGCAAUCAUCUGAUACCAGAUAACCGCAUUUCCAAGCGACAUUUCCGCAUAUACUCAAUUAUCUACGAAGCAGGACGGACAGAUCUACCCCCAUUGGUGUAUUGCGAGGACCUCGAAUCUUCAAAUGGAACCUAUGUCAAUGACAGUCUCAUCGGUAUCAUUGGCCAAGAGAGGAAAGGGUUUCUCUUGAAUGAUGGCGACAUUAUCCAAAUUCGUCCUGGUUGGAACUUUCAGUUCCAUCAAUCUGUGCAUGGUAUCGUUACUCGUGACUAUACAGAGCUCAGUGAUCUUCAGUGCUUCCAAGACAGAUUUUCCGUGUCAGAUCGAAUUCUUGGCCAAGGUUCUUAUGGAGCGGUGUAUUUAGCCCUGGAUCUGUCUCAAGAUUUAGCUAGCAAGAAACAGGUAGCUUGCAAAAUUAUCAACCUGACAGCUUCCGGAGAGAAACACAUGGAACAGCGACCCGAUCUCAAAGCUGGCGACAUGUGGCAUAAUCAACUUCGUCGUGCCAAUGAGGGGAGGAAUAUUGCACUGCGCGAAAUCAAAAUACUGUCUAAACUCAGUCACCCGCAUAUCAUCAACCUUAAAAAGGCCUUUUGCACUACCACGUCUUUGUACAUGAUCACAGAGCUUGCCCCAGGCGGAGAUUUGUUCUCUUACCUCGAAGCCUACCAUGGCCACCUUGAUGAUUGGCAUGGCCGUGUUGUUGCUCGCCAACUGGCUCUCGCGAUCGACUAUCUCCAUUCCCAAGGAAUCGCUCACCGAGAUAUAAAGCCAGAAAAUGUCCUUGUCUCUCACACGGACUUUGGAGGACGAGUUAUCUUGACAGACUUUGGAUUUGCAAAUGUCGCGGAUGCUAGGACUGGCAGGCUACAAUCCGUUGUAGGAACUCCGGGUUUUGCUGCGCCGGAGGUGGAAGCGAAUGAGCACCGAAAGGGCGGAUACACACUAGCUGCAGAUUUAUGGUCACUGGGUGUCUUGACUGCAUGCGUACUGACAGGGAACUCCUUGAUUCCUUAUAAGGAGCUUUCUCAACUAAGUCAAACGGAGAUUGCAAAUCGUUUUCUCGAAAUCUCCGACGACUACAUAAGAGAUCAAUGGCUCAGUAUGGGCCCUAGAGCUCAGCGAUUUCUUCGAAGACUUUUGACAGCGGACCCGGCGAAUCGAAUGACCGUGAAAGACGCGCUCAACCAUUCAUGGUUCAAGAAGCCACAUUCCGAAGCUACAUUGUUGGAAGAACGUUAUCAUAAAAUCAUCAGAUUCUGGAAGAAACGCGAUAGCGAUGACCAGGUUAUUGAGUAUCUACCAAGUUGGAACCAAACGCCUGAAGCUGAGCAGGAGAAGGGACCCAGGUUUCGCAGAAAGUUCCCUGAUGCCACGUUAUCACCAUAUUUCAACCUAGACAGGCACCUCACGCAGAAGAGACCUGCCACGAGAGGAGAUGUCUUGGUGAGCUUGCUUGAAUCGGGAUCAUCAUUCGUACCCACCAAAGAAUUUCGACACAAGCCUGCUGCACAGUUGGCGACUCGCAAACACCGAGAUAUGGAUGUUAUCGUGGUUGAUGGAAAAGAUAUGUUCGGAACGUCACGCGAGACGGAAGCUUUGAAUCCAAUCGACGAUUAUAACGAAAUGGUAUUGGUCCCGACAGAAUCUAUGCCACCCCUCGAGAAUCUGAAUCUCCAGAGCCAAGCGAAGUCUACAGAAGUUCCUGAUUCACAGGAGACCGUGGAUGAUGAAGAAGACCAAGGCCGAAUGAUCAAGCGAGCAAGAAAGGAGUCUUGGGAUCCAGAGGACCGCAGGAUUCACGAAGAUGCUUCGCUUGUGAUCCCAAGAUAUGCUUCGGCGAGGGUGUUCAGGGAUACAAUUCAACAGAGAAAGGAAGCCGAACGACUGGAGAAUAUGAGGCCAUCGCUGUAUGCGAUGUGA